UGAGGUAUUGUCCUUAAAUUCGCACUUAAGACUAAGCUAACCACUAAGGCUACAUAAGCAGAAUUCAAACAUUGUACCCAACGCCAUUUUGACACUUUCGUCGCUAAUUUAGGCAUAGUUAACUUAGUCUAAAAUUAACCAUAUUAAAGUAAAAGUUGAGUGAAUGGCAGCCAGUGAUAAGCCAGUAAUUAAAAAAUACUAACCUACCGUGACAUUUUAAAUUAAAGUAUCUUUGUAGAAUAGUAAGAUAAAUUAAUGUUUUCUUUAUCCUAACUAGACAUUUAUUUUCCAUGUGGCAAACUCACCCUUGAUGGAAGCUGAUAUACGCCAUUACUUAGUCCAUAAAAUGAAAUCCUUGUAUCUUGAUAAUUUUUCCAGAAAGACCGAAUUAUUGUGCAUGAGCUGAUUAAUUUUUCUAACUAACGGUAAGGGCACGCGGAGGGUUCAAUUAAAAGCCAGGUAAUCACCCGGUAAUCCUCCCUGAACGGAGGUCAAGAGGGAGAAGAAAAGCAGAACCGAUAGGAUACUUUGAAGCCAUUCACAACAUAAGUGAAGCAGAAGAACAGGAAGGACUGUGCUGUUCGACUUCCACUUGUUUUUUCACCAUUUAUAGUAGAGAAGUAUGUCCAAGGCAGGAGAGAGGACGGCCUCGACAACUUCGGUCGACUCAACUGCCAGCAAAGAUGGAGCCAGUAAAGCUGCUUCAGCUACAAACUCUCCAUCAGGUUCAGUCUCUGAAACACCAAAGAAAUCAAAGAAGUCCAAGAAGAAUGCAGAGAGCAUGGACAAAGUCUACAACUCCGUGCUCAACAGUGUUUUUGGGGCUGAGAGAGAAUUGGCUCAGGCUGAAAUAGAUGAGUUGCAAGAAGCCUUCAAGGAGUUUGACUAUGACCAGGAUGGAUACCUGAACUACAAAGAUGUGGCUGAAUGCAUGAGGACGAUGGGAUACAUGCCCACUGAAAUGGAGCUGCUGGAGAUAGUACAACAGAUUAAGAUGAGAAUGGGUGGAUUAAUGGACUUUGAUGACUUUAUUGAACUAAUGGGACCCAGGAUGAUGGGAGAGACCGUUAAUAUGUUGGGACUUAAAGAGCUCCAGUCAGCUUUUGUACAGUUUGACCAGAAUGGAGAUGGAAAGAUCAACCAAGAUGAGCUGAAGGAGGCAGUGAAGACUAUGCUGGGGGAGAAGCUAAAGAAGGGUGAACUGGAAGAGAUGUUGAAGGAGCUGGACAUCAAUGCUGAUGGCAACAUCGACUUUGAAGAGUUUGUGAUGAUGCUCUCCAUUAUCUGACCAUUGGAAAACACAACAACAUGGAAAAGGAGUUACUUCCAUCUUCACAGUGGGCAAAUUAUGUGAUAUUAAAUAUUAAACUGUGUUUUCAGCUUGAAAGUUGAAAAAGUGGUUGGAUUAAAACAGACAAAACCAGUACAGUUACCAUUACAUCUUUACAACUUGCAAACUUGUGUUUGUAAAUGUAGGUGUGGAGUUCUUCUACUCUGUGUGACUGACCAUGUAACUGUGUGAAUAAUUUAAACUGUAGUGCAUCAAUGUGGUGCAUAGUGAAUACUUUUUGGG